AUGCUCGGAGCUGGAGCCCUCACGUCCCGCUCUUGUGUCUCUCGCUGUGUUUCCCUCUGCAGUAUAUACAGUAGCGAUGAGGAUGAAGAAGAUGUUGAGAUGUAUGAUCACGAUUAUGAUGGCCUGCUACCCAAGACUGGAAAACGUCACUUAGGGAAAACCAGGUGGACCCGCGAGGAGGAUGAGAAACUGAAGAAGCUCGUGGAGCAGAAUGGCACAGAAGACUGGAAAGUCAUUGCCAAUUUCCUUCCCAAUCGGACGGAUGUUCAGUGCCAGCACCGAUGGCAGAAGGUACUAAACCCAGAACUUAUCAAAGGUCCGUGGACGAAAGAGGAGGAUCAAAGGGUAAUAGAACUCGUGCAGAAAUACGGUCCAAAGCGCUGGUCUGUCAUUGCUAAGCAUUUGAAGGGAAGGAUUGGAAAGCAGUGCAGGGAGAGGUGGCACAACCAUUUGAAUCCAGAAGUGAAGAAAACCUCCUGGACAGAAGAGGAAGAUAGAAUUAUUUACCAGGCACACAAGAGGCUGGGAAACAGAUGGGCAGAAAUUGCCAAGUUGCUGCCUGGACGAACCGAUAAUGCUAUCAAGAACCACUGGAAUUCCACCAUGCGCCGGAAGGUCGAGCAGGAGGGCUACCUGCAGGAGUCCUCCAAAGCCUGUCACACCUCAGCAGCCCCUGGCUUUCAGAAGAGCAACCACUUGAUGGCUUUUUCUCACAACCCACCUUCUGCACAGCUGCCAGUAGCCGGCCAGCCCCCGCUGAGCAGUGACUACCCCUACUACCACAUCUCCGAGCCACAAAACGUCCCUGGUCAGAUCCCAUAUCCAGUAGCACUGCAUGUAAAUAUUGUCAAUGUUCCUCAGCCGGCCGCGGCAGCUAUCCAGAGACACUAUAAUGAUGAAGACCCUGAGAAAGAAAAACGAAUAAAGGAAUUAGAGUUGCUACUAAUGUCGACUGAGAAUGAACUGAAAGGGCAGCAGGCAUUACCAACACAGAACCACACAUCAAACUACCCCGGCUGGCACAGCACCACGGUGGCUGACGGUACCAGGACCAGUGGUGACAGUGCCCCCGUUUCCUGUUUGGGGGAACACCACCACUGUACUCCAUCUCCACCGGUGGAUCACGGUUGCUUACCCGAGGAAAGUGCAUCCCCUGCCCGGUGCAUGAUUGUUCACCAGAGCAACAUCCUGGAUAAUGUUAAGAAUCUCUUAGAAUUUGCAGAAACACUCCAGUUAAUAGACUCCGGCAGUGCGGCUCCAUGGGUCCUUCUUCGCCAAAGGAGAGGGCACUCCAGCCCCUUAGCCAGUGGCCACGGUGGCACCUUGGGCCUAGGUGACGCCAGCAGCUCAACUCUUCCUAAGAGCUCCCCUGUCAAAAGCCUGCCCUUCUCUCCCUCGCAGUUCUUAAACACCUCGUCCAGCCACGAAAACCUGAACCUGGACAACCCCUCGCUCACUUCCACGCCGGUGUGUGGCCAUAAGAUGGCUGUCACCACGCCGUUCCACAGGGACCAGGCUUUCAAAGCUCAGAAGGAAAACCACGUUUUCAGAACUCCAGCAAUCAAGAGGUCGAUAUUAGAGAGCUCUCCAAGAACACCCACUCCAUUCAAAAACGCACUUGCAGCUCAGGAAAUCAAAUAUGGCCCUUUGAAGAUGCUGCCUCAAACUCCGACUCAUCUUGUAGAAGAUCUGCAGGACGUUAUCAAGCAGGAGUCGGAGGAAUCUGCAAUAGUGGCUGGGCUACAUGAAAGUGGACCCCCUUUGCUGAAGAAAAUCAAACAAGAGGUGGAGUCUCCAACAGAUAAAGCUGGCAAUUUUUUCUGCUCAAAUCACUGGGAAGGAGAAAACCUGAACACUCAGCUCUUUACGCACGGGUCUACUAUGGAAGAUGUGCCAAAUCUUCUUACCAGCUCCAUUUUAAAGAUGCCCGUGUCUGAAGAGGAUGGCAGUUUUCACAAGACAUUUGCAGUACCUAGGAACAGGCCACUAGCUAGUCCUCUGCAGCACCUGAACAAUGCCUGGGAGUCGGCGUCCUGCGGGAAGAUCGAGGACCAGAUGGCCCUGACGGAUCAGGCGCGCAAGUACAUGGCCGCCUUCCCCACCCGGACUCUGGUGAUGUGAGAGGGUCGACGGACAGAGAAGCAUUAUGGUUUCGAGAACACUUCACCUCCGCUGGGAAAUUCCUGUUCCUCGGCAUGAAAACUUUUCAUGAAUGGGAGAAGAGCCUAUUUUUGUUGUGGUACAACAGUUGGGAGCAGCACAAAGUGCAUUUAGUCACUCAGCAUAUAUAUUCUUGUUGGAUUUCACCCAACUUAAGAGGAUUUUUUUUUUUUUUUGAAUAAAUGAUACUUGCCUAAAUUAUUAGGUAUUAAGUUUGAAUCAGUAAUUAAUGAUCUUAAGUGCAGACUUAUAAUAAGGGUAAUUUUUUUUGUACUUUUUGAGAUCAAGCAAACCUAAUACACCAGUAUUGUUAUUUCAGUGAUGUGUUAGCCAGGGAUGGGGUCUUGUUCGUUUCUUUUUUUUAUUUUUUUAUUUUUUUUUUAAAUAAUAAAAGAGCAGGUACUCAAACGGAUAUAUUUUAAAUCACUGAACAAAAAUGCAUUGGUGUAAAAUACCGAAGUGAAAAGCAUUACUACAAACGCUAGUCUGUGCAAAGGGGGAAAACUGAUCAAGAUCGUGAAUGCUCAAACAUCCAUGCCUCUUGAAAUAACUCUUUCAUUCUCUUUUGGUUCUAGGCCAUUAUACGUUGUGUGUUUCUGUUUGGGGGGGGAGGGGGAGGGUAAUUAGCUUGCUUUAAAAAAAUAUUACUGUAUGAAACAUAGAUUUAUGAGAAAAAUUAUAUUUUUAUUCAGUAAUUUAAUUUUGUAAAUGCCAAAUGAAUACUGUGUUUUGCUGCUACAGACCUUAGUGUGUAGACAUGCUGCUAGUGUAAAAGGAGCAGUAGAGCUUUAUAUGGAAAGAUAAAAAAGUUGUUGUUAGCUAAUUGACUAUGCACUAGCAUUUCAGACCUUUUUAUUUUAAUUUUUUUUUACAUGGUUUAUAUUUUUUUUCCCCUUUUUUGUUUUUUAUAAGCAAUAUCUUUGAACACUGUUCCUGGGAGAUUUUUUUUUUUAUUAUUUUUUUGUUGGAUGUGUUGUUUUGUUCCUCAUUGGUUUGUAAGAGCAUGCAUUGCACCUUCAUAUGUUUGGGAGAACACUGUCUUGUUCAUGUUGUCUGUUUUGUUCCAUGUCUAGCUAAUUGUUCCCUAACUUGGGUCUCGUGUACCGAAUCAGGUUCUUAGAAAUACAUGGUUCUUUGUACUGCCAUACCAAAUCUUUAUCGAUAUGGCAAAACACUGAUUUUAUUUUUUUUUAUUUUUUAUUGUUUGGUUUUUUUUAUAACAGCCUCUGACUUUGCUGCCUUAAUAGCAUUGGGUGCAGCUUCACCUGCACUUAAUUUUUUUAUACGACAAUGUACUGCCUUGUAGAUAAAUAAAGUGUGUUCUUUUU